UUAAUGUGUAGAUUUUUUAAUUAAAUUUUUUUUACUAAUGCCUUAAAUAAAGAAUAAAUCUUCAGUGUUAUUUAUUUCUUCUUUGAAAUGGAAGACAAAGAAGAAAAUGUUAAGUUUAAUUGUUCAAUAAAUGAAAAACAAGAUGAAAAUGAAAAUAAAAAUAUCCACGAAAAAAAUUUGACCGAUCUAGAGCGUCUAGGAAAAUACCAGCUGAUUGUUUACAUAGUUAUCAGCUUCCCGUUGAUACUAUCAGCUGGUUUUGCGCUAGGUUAUGUAUUUACAUCUGGCGAGGUUGCUUACAGGUGCGUAGUACCAGAAUGCGAUGAAGCAGUUCCAAUUUUUAACACAACCUGGUCAAAGUAUUCUUCACCCGCUCAAGGGAAUUUAGGAAGCUGUGAGUAUUUUACCGUUAAAAAAGCAGAUGGCGCGGUUAAAAAAUCAGAAUGCACAUUGGAGUCGUUUACCAACAAAACAGCACGAUGCAAUAAUUGGGUUUACGAUCCUCAUGAGAAGACUAUACUCAGCGAGUGGGACAUUACCUGUAACGAAAACAGGUGGAAAUUAACCUUAGUCGGUACGAUUAAUAAUUUAGGUCAAUUAGUCGGUUUAAUGUUUGCGGGAUAUCUGUCUGAUAGAUAUGGCCGAAGAACUCUCCUGGUUAGUCAAACCUUCUUCUCCGGAAUUGUUGGGAUUGUUCAAUCCUUCUCCGUAAACUAUUUCAUGUUUAUUAUAUUCGAGUUCAUGCAAUCCGUUACGUCAGCGGGAAUUUACAGCACUGGAUUUAUUUUAAUAUUGGAAAUAGCAGGGGAAAAACGGCGAGUUCUGAGUGGCACGAUAAUGUGCUGUGUUUACGCGCUGGGAGAAAUGCUGUUAGGAUUGACAGCAAUGGGAUUAAAGUCAUGGAGAAACAUCAUCCGCGUUUUCUUCGCACCCGGUCUGCUAGCGAUAUUCUUACCCCUGAUAAUUCCGGAGUCUAUCAGAUGGCUGGUUGCUAAGAAGAAAUAUAGCAAAGUUGAGGAUAUUUAUAAGAAAAUCGCUAAAGUCAACGGAUUGAAUUGGAAUAGCAUUGAAAUGAGUGUUUACCGACAAUUGAACUCUGAUAAUCCUCAAGAGAAGAAAUCAGAGCCGAUUAAAAAAUCAUCAUCAGUACUAGAAGCAUUGUCACGACCAAAACUCCUGAUAAGAUUGCUUGGAUGUUGUUUCUGCUGGCUAACAAACACAUUUGUCUACUAUGGAUUGUCAUUAAACUCAGUAGCAUUUGCCGGGGAUAAAUAUGUAAACUUCAUUCUAGUUUCUUUCGUGGAGAUACCCGCGUAUUUUCUCAGCUGGGUACUUAUCGAUUAUGUCGGACGCAAACGAACGCUCUCUGGUUCUUUUCUUCUCAGCGGACUUUUCUGUCUCUGCAUUCAGUUUGUACCUAAAGAUUCCUGGUCCUACGCGCCGAUUAUUUUGUACAUGAGCGGUAAAGGCUGCAUCACUAUGGCUUUUGCCGCUGUUUAUGUUUACACUGCGGAAAUGUUUCCUACAACAGCGAGACAUUUUUUGCUCAGUAUUUGCAGCAUGACUGGACGCAUUGGCUCCAUCUUGGCGCCGCAAACUCGGCUAUUAGCAGUAAUUAUCGAAUCGUUACCAUUGAUACUCUUCGGAAGCAUGGGAUUGACAGCAGGAAUAAUCUCAUUAAUUUUUCCCGAGACAUUGGGUUGCAAACUCCCGGACACUAUUGAAGAGGCCGAAAAUAUCGGGCGCAAGUCUGACAAAAAGACUGUUCGUAUUAAGUAGGUUAAUUAAGUGGAAAGUAACCAUCAAGAGAUUAAUAAUUGAUAAUGAUAAUAAUAAUAAUGAUAAUAAACAAUUAAAUGAAUUAGCGAAGAAACAACAAAGCCCAGAAUUGUAAUUGAAGUUUAUUGAGUUUUUACCAGCUCAAUUAAAACGGGUGAUCUAUGGAUCUUGACAAAGUUCAUUAGCCUCGCGUCAUACCCGCGGUUUAAUAAUCAACUUUAAUUAUCAGUAUGCAUACUCGCGCUGAUAUACAUAUUGAUGCUCUGGAUGCUUGAGCAAUGUGUAAUUGCUAUUUACGAAUCAAGCUAUUUAGUUU